AUGCGCGCAUGUUGCGAAGAUACAAAGACCAAGAGAAAGCGAUGGAGCGGCCGGCAUGAACGCAUGCUCAAGAAAGCUGUUAUGGAGCGGUACAACGCUUCGACCAAAGAGAGUCGCUCAGCCUGGUGCCAUCUACUAGACCAGUGCGUAGAGAGCGAGGCAAGAGUCGUGAAUUUGGUGCCGGAUAGCUUUCAAUCAACCGAGCUGUCAUAUCUUUUUGGUGUCGGCGAGAUGCCACGCAUGGAUCCCCGUAAUGAAUUGACGCUGCACCACAGGGUUGCGGAGGCCUGGGAUCGGGGCGACAUCGCCAUCGUACCCGUCCCAUCUGAGACUCCCAACGAAGUUAAUCAAUGGAAAUUUGUUGUCGUCAAUAAGAAUAUCCGUAAGGAGGUCGUCUACUGUUGGCCGACAACCUGGAAUGAUGUCGACGGCAGGAUCCUCCAGUUCCGGGGAAAGAACCGCCCAGGCAAGCGGUACCUUUAUUUCGGAUACUUCAUGACUUAUUUCCACCAGAAACGACUUGGGAAUAUGAAAUCGGCGUACAACAUCGAGUUGAGAGGACAUUUGUGA